UGGCACUCAUAUCACGUGACAAACACAUGACAAACAAAUACAAUACCAACCAUUCAAUUGAUGUCUAUUUCGGAGACCAAUGUCUAACCAAUCGUACGAUUAAUGACCGCACGGUUACAUCAAUUGUCAAAAAGUAUAUUAAAUAAGUUAAAAUUGACAUCAAUUAUGGAUUCAUUGGCCAUUAAAUCGGAUGUAAUACCGGUCAGUAAACGUAUCAAAUUGGAUACAGAGUCGGAUAAGACCGCAACCAAUGCUUGGCGUUCAAAGUUGAUCCGUGACUUUGAUGAAAGUGAUGUCGGUAUCACUGAAUUUAUUGCCGAUUAUAAGCCCUUUGACGCUAUCAUUAAAAAUCGUUACGAAGAUUUUUUAGUUUACGAGAUAUCAAAAAGUGGUAAAAUUGUGCGCUUAACUGAUGUCACUCCUCCUAAGGAUGAGAUGGUACCGGUACUCGAUAUUUAUGAAGUUCUUGACGUCAACACUAUUGAUAAUAUCAAACAAUUGCUGGAAUCGAUAAAUAGUGAUAAAAAUAAAAACAAUGGGAUCGACAGUAGUGAAAUAGAUUUGACUGAUUUAGAUGAGAAACAAUUGCCAAUUAGUGACUGUAAGAGUGGCAACACUACAGAUGAAGAUCCAAUUGAGUUAAAUGAUAAUGAAAUUUGUAAUAAGAGUUUAGAUUCAGUAAAGAUAUUAGUGACUAAUUUAUCAAAAUCGGAGAGAACUAGGAUUCAUAAAUCAAUUAAAGAUAAUUAUGAAGAACUCGAUACAAAUACUGUCGAUGAAGGGUCUGAUAAAUAUAUAGUCGUUAAAAAAGCAGAUAAAAAUGCAAACAGAAAAAGAAAUAAUUGGCCCAAAGAUAAGGGAGAAUACAUGCAAUUUGUUUUAUAUAAAGAAAACAAAGAAACACAACAAGCAAUCAAUGAAAUAGCAUUAAAAUUGAAUAUUUCGGCCAAAAAUUUUGAUAUCGGCGGCACAAAAGACAAGCGGGCCAUUACAACUCAAGAGGUGACCGCUUGGAAAGUACCGGCACUUAGGAUAUGGUCUGUCGCACAAAGAUGUCGCGACAUAGAAGUCGGACACUUUAGGUUUACUCAAAAUUCAUUAAAUUUGGGUAUCAUUUGGGGAAAUCAUUUUAAUAUUGUUUUAAGAGAUGUUAAAUGCAGUGACAGAGAAAAUGCUGAAAAAAGUCUUAAUAAUGUUAAGACUUUUGGUGCCAUUAAUUACUAUGGAAUGCAGCGCUUUGGACAUCAGUAUGAAAAGCCUUAUGUAAUCGGAAUACAUAUUCUUCGUCAGAAUUGGGAACAAGUUGUCAAUGAAUUACUAUCUCCUAAAGCCGUCGAUAAAAAACACAAUAAUCCAAAACUUCCGACUUUUAAUGAAUGCAUUGAUUUGUGGAAAAAGACGAAAAAUGCUAAAUUAGUUUAUAUGAAGUUCCCAUUUAAAUGGACACCUGAGGGAACACUUCUUAAAGGUUUAUCUCGAGUGGCACCCACUGACUAUAUGGGCGCCAUUUGCACGGGAAUGAGUCGCAAUCAAAGACUUUUGUACGUCCAUUGUUAUCAAAGUUAUAUCUGGAAUAAGACAGCUUCGUAUAGAAUUAAGACAUUUGGACAUCAAGUAGUGAUCGGAGAUCUAAUACAAUUAGAUUUACCAGAAGGUGAUACCGAUUCUAAACAUAAAAAUAUAGUUGUGGUCAAUGAAGACAAUAUAAAGAAUGCAACAAUUUAUAAUAUUGUAAUCCCAAUUGUUGGCAGCGAUAUUGUUUGGCCAACCAAUUGUAUCGGCAAAUAUAUUGAAUCACUUUUAGCUGAAGAUAAUAUAUCUAUUGAUUUAUUUCGUAAUUUGCCUAAACAGUGGUUAGUUUGCGGCUCUUAUCGUAAACUUUAUGUCAGACCAAAAGAUUUUGAUUAUCAAUGGAUUACAUAUAAAGAUCCUAAUAUUCCUCUCGUGACCAGUGAUUUUGAUUUAAUUAAAGGCAACAAAUGUGAAGAUAAGUUGACUUCAAGUGUCACGAGUGAUAGUGAAGAGAAAACAGCACUUAAAAUAUCAAUGAGUUUGCCUUCAAGUUGUUACGCGACAAUGAUUUGCAGACAAAUUACAAGAACUGAAUCAACUGUUAUGGAGUGGAAAGACUGGUUGAAAACUAAACAUAACUUAUAA